CCCGGCGCCGCUCCCGCGGCCCGCAGGCGGUAUCUUCUGUAUGACGUGAAUCCUCCCGAAGGGUUCAAUCUACGCCGGGAUGUCUACGUUCGCGUUGCUUCGCUUCUGAAGACCUUGGUGAAAAGAGAAGCUUGGGUCCUGGUCCUGCCUCCUUGGGGACGUCUUUAUCACUGGCAGAGUCCUGACAUUCAUCAGGUCCGAAUCCCUUGGUCUGAGUUUUUCGAUCUUCCGAGCCUCAACAAAAACAUCCCUGUCAUUGAAUAUGAGCAGUUCCUUGCAGAGUCAGGUGGACCUUUUAUUGAACAGGUAUAUGUUCUACAAGGCUAUGCAGAAGGAUGGAAAGAAGGAACUUGGGAGGAGAAAAUAGAUGAGAGGCCAUGCAUUGAUCAGCUCAUGUACUCAAAAGACAAACAUGAAUACUACAGGGGCUGGUUCUGGGGUUAUGAGGAAACACGGGGCCUCAAUGUCUCGUGUCUCUCUGUCCAAGGAUCAGCCUCAAUCAUAGCUCCUGUUCUUUUGAAAAAUACUUCUGCACGGUCAGUGAUGUUAGACAGAGCUGAAAACCUUCUUCAUGACCACUACGGAGGAAGAGAUUAUUGGAAUACCCGUCGAAGUAUGGUAUUUGCUAAACACCUACGUGUGGUGGGGGAUGAGUUCAGAAACAAAUACCUUGAUUCCGCUGAUGAGGCAGACAAGACACAUUACAAUGAGGACUGGACACAGAUGAAGGUACAGUUGGGCACUGCUCUAGGAGGAUCAUACCUUGGGGUUCACCUCAGAAGAAAAGAUUUCAUCUGGGGUCACAGAGAAGAUGUGCCAACCCUACAUGGAGCAGUGAAGAAGAUCCACAGUCUUAUGGAGAUAUAUAAACUUAAGAAAGUUUUUGUAGCCACUGAUGCUAUUGAGGAGGAGUCUGAAGAACUCAAGAAGCUACUGCCUGAGAUGGUGAGGUUUGAACCCACUUGGGAAGAGUUAGAGCUCUACAAAGAUGGAGGAGUAGCAAUUAUUGACCAGUGGAUCUGUGCUCAUGCUAGGUAUUUUGUAGGCACUUCAGUUUCAACAUUUUCAUUCCGGAUUCAUGAGGAAAGGGAGAUUCUGGGAUUUGACCCCAAAACAACUUAUAACAGGUUUUGUGGUGAGAAAGAGAAGAACUGUGAACAACCAACCCACUGGAAAAUUGUAUAUUAACAGACAAAUCCAAAGGACUAUAAGUGGUCAGUACACCAAACCAAGGAAACGUUUAUGGGAAAUCCUUUUGAGGAAAUUAAUCUUUUUUUUCUCCUUCCUACUGUGUAAUUGGAAGUUGGGUUUUAAGCACAAGUGGAUAGCAAUAUCAUAUUCAUUUUCUUAACCAGACAUUGAUGUCACUGGCCAAAAUGCUGCAGCCCAAGAUUCAGUUCUUGGUACAGCUGAAUAGAAGGUCAGUACAAUCACUUCUUAAGUCUAAAUUUAACUUUUAUGAGAGAGAGCAUUAUUUGUGAUGCAGACAAAAUGUUUCCAUUCAAAAUUUUAUUCUGAACAAUGACUUAACAAAAAGACCCAUAAUUAUAGUAUGUCUACAAUCUGGACCGUAUGCCUUUCUUCAAGAUACUUGUGCUCAGCUGGUUAUCAGCUUUGUAUUUGAUGCCUUGUAUCCUCUGUUUACAAGAAGGAUGGUUAAGCUUUGUAACCUGCACUUUGGGAGAGGUGCAGACUAUGCACAGAAUCUGCAGUUCCAUGAAACAAGAAAGAUUUCCCCAAAUGGUGACUUGGAACAUUUCAAACAUUAAAGUGAAGGCUUAGGUGGUAUUUUUACACAAACACAGACCACUUUCACAGCUGGCGAUUCUUCUAAUAGCAGUCUCAGCAAAGAGGUCAGUGAGUAAGGUAGAAGAAUAGCAAGACUGAACUACUUGAGCAAGCCCAAAGCUGGGUUAUAUUAAGUAGAGUCGUGAAUGGAGAUUUGCACUGCCUGUCAUAGUUUUUCUCUGAAUAGGAUACUUUGCUUGAUGGAGUUUCCAUUUACUACCUUUCUUCCACAUUAAAUUCACUCAGAAUGAGGCAACCAUAAAUAGCAUUUGGGGAUAUCUUGCCACCCAGUUAAAUAAACCUACCUAUGGCAGGUUAAGACUCUUGGAACAUUUUCAAAGGCCUUUCAAGAGUUUUCAGUUUCAUAGAGAUGAAGUAUCCCAGUUUCUCAAUUAGUUUAUCCAAAUCAUUAAUUUUCUGUCUUUGCCAUGUUAUGGUUACUGGCUGGCUCAUUGUGCUGUGCUUCUGCUUACCAUGUCAGUGUGAAUAUCAGCUGCUGUGCCAUGGCAAGAUAUGCAGCACCUCAUCGGAGUCCUGGAGUAACUCACAAAUCUGUCACCCGCAAUACAGCCAGUGUAGUAACCUACCCUUAAA